AUGCAAUUUAGCACACUCCGUAUUUCACUCACCGCGGCUGUUUUGAGCGUCACCGGUAUCAUAGCAGCUCCUGCUCCUUCGAUUGGCAUUGGUGGCGGGGUUGGACUCGGAGUCGGGAUUGGCUUAGGAGGUGGCUUAGGAGGUGGUUUAGGAGGUGGCUUAGGAGGUGGCUUGGGAGGUUACGGAAGCGGCUGGGGAGGAUACGGAAGCGGCUGGGGAGGAUACGGAAGCGGCUACGGCGGUUACGGCGAUGGAGGCUAUGGUGGCUUAGGCGGUCUAUAUGGAGGAGGACUUGGAGGAGGGUUUGGAGCAGGACUUGGAGGAGGACUUGGAGGAGGACUUGGAGGAGGAUUUGGAGCAGGACUUGGAGGAGGACUUGGAGGAGGACUCGGAGGAGGACUUGGGUACGGCGGCUACUACUAG